AUGCUCCGGUGUCUGGGAUCGAGACUAUGCGGCACGCAUUUUCCGGCGUGGGGUGAUACUGGCAAUCCGCACCAAGCCUUUGCGCUCGGGUCUUGGCCUUACUAUGCGCUGUUGGGCCUCGAAAGUUGUCAGGAUAUCGUCUUGGUCUUGAUUCAAGGCAAACUGGAACUCGGUCACAAAAUUGUGAAGUCUAUCACGAUCUUCCAACCCACGCCGCAGCCAAGCGGCAAAGGCUACUACGACAUGUCCGACUGGCCAGCUCUCCUUCUCGAGAUCGACGAUUACAAGGAGGAGUAUAUCGUCGAAUCCGACAAAGGAGGGAUCACUUAUGACGAAACCGGGUUGAAUCGUCCACCGCUGAUGAACAGUUGGUGGGAGUCCCUCAAUACAACACCGCCGAAUGCCUCAUGA